AUGGCCCAGACCACUACCGCCAAUAAAGCUCAUACUCUAGACUUUUGCUACGACAACGACGAUAGUUGUGCCUUAACUGCCCUUAUCAAUGACGUCCGCUUCCACGUUACCGUCGACCCCAAGGAACUCCAAAAGUCCCGUGAGAAGCCUCUCUACUAUGAGUAUCUUGAUAAAAUCUCCGCGCUUCGCGAAGCCGAGGAGCGCGAGGAGGAGCUAGCUGAAGAGCGGGAAGUAAAAGUGCAUAGCAAAAAGAACAAGAGCAAAGACCGAGAAAGCUCAGAAGGAAAGGACAGCGGAGUUGACGUCUCGGCCGACGACGACGACGACGACGACGAGUACGUAGAAGACGACUCUUCAGAAGCAGGAGAGGACGCAGACCAAGAUUCCGCCAGCGCAGGCGUCGAAUUACGAAACUGGAUCCUCGCCUCCUUCUCCGAACUCACAAACACCUAUGCGCCGCCGAACCGCGAACCAGAAGAAUCAACCCUCUACGAAUGGUACCACGGUCCCACCUACUUCUACACUCUGCAAAUCGCCAACGGAGAGCUCUCCCCAGCACUCCUGGAAACAACAACCGAUCUAGAAAGCAAAAUCGAAGCCCUUGUGCCUCGCAUGAAAGUGCCCAAAUACAUGCAAGACUACAAACUCGCCUGGCUCAACGCAAACGACCUGACCGUCCAAUCCGAAGUCAGCAUGCCUCCGCCCGCCCACCCAGGCCAAGUCCUACACAACAAGACAAGCGAAACAUACUUCUUCAAACCUGUGGUAUCCGACCAGCCCGACUCUGUCAAGCGGGAGAUACAAAUCCUACGCAAGAUGGAAAAACUAAAUCUCGAUAUCAAGUUUCCCCGUCUACGUGGAUUCGUCGCUCUGGGCAACAGCAAGACUGAAGUCAUGGGCCUAUUACUAGAGAACAUCGAGUCGCCGACGCCGUUGACAAAGUUGCUCAAGGCGAGCGUGGAUGAGGAGAAGAGGCGUAUUUGGAGCGACAAGUGCGCGGCGUACGUCGAGCUGCUUCACGAUAACGAUAUCAUAUGGGGUGAUGCGAAAGCGGACAACUUUAUGGUAGACGUGAAUGAUGAGCUCUGGAUUAUUGAUUUCGGAGGUAGUUAUACCGAGGGUUGGGUGGAUCCGGAGAUCAGUGAGACGCUCGAGGGUGAUGAUAUGGGGUUGGAGAAGAUACAGGCUGCGUUGGAGGAUCCGGAUAAGAAUACGGCUGAUCUGGGGCUGAUUGAUGAGGAGGAAGAUGGCGAGGUGGCGGUGGCAGAGGGAGUGAGCGAACAGAGUAGUAGUGUCAAGGAGACGGCUAGUACGUUGUUCGUUACGGAGAAGUCGGCUGGUGAGGAGGUCACGAGGAGUGAGAAGAGGAAGAGGGCUGUGGAUGAAGUUGAGGGUGAUGUUGCUGUAGAUGGAACUGAUAUCACAGGUGAUGAAGAGGAAGAGCGAGAGCGACCGGGAAAGAAAAGGAAGAAUGAUACAGAAGAGGAAGAGUGA